CCAGCCUGGGGGUUACCAGGCCGCCGGGCCACGCGGGCCUCCGGAACUCCUCAUGGGGUUCCAGGCCCUCCGCGCAAGCUGCAGGACCCGGGUCCGGGUGGGGGCUCGGCGGAGUCGGGAGACCUGGGCUCUAGUCAGGGCUUGUCGUGGAUGACUGCAGCUUCUGCCUCCCGCGUUCAAAUGGAGACCCUGCGAAAGCACUCACCUCCCUCGGGCCUCAGUUUCCCUCCCGUAGUCUUCCUGCCCUCCUGGGAAAACCUCCUUUCCCAGUGCACUCAAUCGUCACUACCACUUGGGUCCAUCCUUUUCCCUUCCCCGCCCCCACGCCUUCCACUUUUUUUUUUUUUUUUGGACGAAGUCUCAUUCUGUUGUCCAGGCUGGAGUGCAGCUGUGGCGCGAUCUCGGCUCAGUGCAGCCUCCGCCUCCCGUCCACCCCAUCCACCCUGACACUUGGAGUCUUGGGGGCUGUAUUGCAAGCUGUAGCUCUUGCUGCCGGGGGAUCUGGGGUUAGGCGUCACCCCUGCUCUGGGUUUGACACUCGUCUGGAGCUGGCUACAGUAGCCUUGCUGGCUAAAAAGGAGCCGUGGACUGGGGCAUCCUACCCUCCUGGGACCCUUUUUUGGGGCUUUAGAUUAGGUAGAGAAACUACUGGCUUCAUUUGCAGAAGCAAUGCCACUAUGCCGGAGUGUUUGGAUUUAUGGUAGUUUCUCUUAUGUUUGACAUAAGGCUCCUCAGGCGAACCUUUGAGAUGUUGCAAAAUCCUUAGGCUCAAGCCAGGCGCCGUGGCUGACACCUGUUUUUGUUUGUUUGCUUGUCUGUUUUUUGAGACAGUGUCUCACUCUGUGGCCCAGGCUGGAGUGCAGUGGCGAUCUGCGGUCACGGCAAUCUCCACCUCCCAGGUUCAAGCAAUUCUCCUGCCUCAGACUCACAAGUAGCUGGGAUUACAGGCGGGUACCACCACCUCAGCUAAUUUUUUUCCUUUUUUUUUCUUCACCUGCCAACCCUCCAAUUUUUUUCUAUUUUUAGUAGCGAUGGGGUUUCACCUUAUUGGCCGGGCUGCUCCUGAACUCCUGGCCUCAAGUGGUCCACCUACCUUGGCCUCAAAGCGCUGGGAUUACAGGAGUGAGCCACCGAACCCAGCUGACAUCUAUAAUCCCAGCACUUUGGGAGGCCACGGUGAAUCACUUGAGCCUGGGAGUUCAAGAUGAGCUUGGGCAAUGUAAAUUUUCUACAAAAAUUUAAAAAUUAAGCUGGGCCUGAUGGUUCACACCUGUAAUCCUGGCACUUUGGUAGGCCAAGGCAGGCAGAUCACAAGGUCAGUAGUUCAAGAUCAGCCUGGCCAACAUGGCAAAACCCCAUCUCUACUAAAAAUACAAAAAAAUUAGUCCGGAGUGGUGGUAGGCGCCUGUAAUUCCAGCUGCUCAGGAGGCUGAGGCAGGAGAAUUGCUUGAACCCAGGAGGUGGAGAUUGCAGUGAGCUGAGAUUACAUCACUGCACUCCAACCUGGGAGACAGAGCAAGACUGUUAUGGGGGGAAAAAAAUUAGCUGAGCAUGAUGGCGCACACCUGUAGUCCCAGCUACUCAGGAAGUUGAGGUGGGAGGAUCACUUGAGCCUAGGAGGUUGAAGCUGCACUGAGCUAUGAUCAAGACCCUGUCUCAAAACAAAAGACAAAACCAAAAUGUUUAGACCCAUGUGCACAGUCCUGGAAAACUGCCCUUGCUCCCCUAGGCGGCCUUCCCUUUGCCCUCUUUCCUCCCUUCCAGGGUUAGUGCAGAUGGAUCAGAGUGGAUUAUGUUACAAAAAAGAGUUUUUGGCUGGGCACAGUGGCUCUCGCCCAUAAUCCCAGCGCUUUGGGAGGCAGAGGUGGGCGGAUCACGAGGUCAGAAGUUCCAGACCAGCCUGGCCAAUGUAGUGAAACCCUGUCUCUACUAAAACUACAAAAAUUAGCUGGAUGUAGUGGCAUGUGCCUGUAGUCCCAGCUACUCAGGAGGCUGAGAUAGGAGAAUUGCUUGAACCCGGGAGGCAGAGAUGGCAGUGAGCCAAGACUGUGCCACUGUACUCCAGCCUGGGUGAUAAGAGCGAAACUCUGUCUCAAAAAAUAAAGAGGCAGGUCUCACUGUGUUGCCCAGAUUAGCCUCAAACUCCUGGGCUUCAGGGAUCAAACCACCUCAGUAGCUGGGAUUGUAGGCGUGAGCCAGUACACCUAGCUAAGAAAGCAUUUUAGAACACUUAGGUCUUUUUAUUACUUUGAGACAGAGUUUCACUCUGUCACCUAGAUUGGAGUACAACCACCGCCUCCCAGGUUCAGGCAAUUCUCCUGCCUCAGCCUCCCGACUAACUGUAAUUAUAAGCAUGAGCCACCACACCCAGCUAAUGCUUGUAUUUUUAGUAGAGAUGAGGUUUCUCCAUGUUGGCCAGGUUGGUCUCGAACUCCUGACCUCCCAACCACCUCGACUUCCCAAAGUGCUGGAAAUACAGGCAUGAGCUACCACACCCAGCCCUAGAUCACUUAAGUCUUUAACAAAGUCCCGUUUCUUCUUAUUUCUUAUUCCUUUCCCAGCCCUAGCAAAAACAAACAAAUAUAAUAUACCUGAUGGUAUUGUUAGUGCUAGGAAGAAGCAGGGUGUGGGCAGAAUGUACUUGGAAACAGUAUUUCUCCUCAGCCCCAAUUGGUUUGUUUUCUUUUCAGGCGUGCAGUUUGCAGAAGCUGUUUGCUGUGGAAGAGGAGUUUGAAGAUGAGGAUUUCUUGUCUGCUGUGGAGGAUGCAGAGAACCGGUUUGCUGGCUCGCUGCCUGUGAAUGCUGUGCACCUGAGACCUAUAUGUUCUAGGCUACAGGAGACUGUGCAGGCACAGUCCUCCAGGCUGCUGCCGUUACACCCCACUGCUCCCUCAGAGGCUUUGGGCCUGCCAACCCCGGAACUCUGCCUCCCUCCCUCCAGCAUGCCCAGUGCUGACAGCCGUCCAUCAUGCGCAGGAACAGCUCACCUAAGGCCCGUCUCUACUUCCAGCAGCUGGAUUGGCAAUCAGAGAAGAGUGACAGAAGUGCCCAGAGAGCCAGCAAGACCCCAGUCCUCAGUCCCACACCCCCUACUCACCUUUGGGAGCCAACAGCAGCAAGUUGGUGGCUUUGAGGGGCCUGAACAAGACGAAUUUGAUAAGGUCCUGGCAAGCAUGGAGUUGGAGGAGCCUGGCAUGGAGCUGGAACGUGGAGUCAGCAGUGAGGCCACAUCAAUUCUGCCUGCCGAGCAGCGGGAAGGUUCCGUAUUGGCUAAAAAGGCCCGGGUAGUUGAUCUGAGUGGAUCAUGCCAGAAGGGGCCAGGGCCUGCCACCCACAAAGCUGGUAUCAUGUCAGCUCAGGAUAAGCCUCUAGAUCCUGUCCUCGACUGUAGGACUCCACAGUCCCCCUUGAGACCUGGUGCUGCGAGUCACCUUCCUGUCCCAACUGCCUUAACAGUUCCCACUCAGCAAGCCCACUGGGAAGUGUGUCCACGAGGCCCCCCUGUUCAAGCACUCCAGCCUCUCCAAGCUGCUAGAGGGACCAUUCAGAGCAGCCCUCAAAAUCGUUUCCCUCGUCAGCCAUUUCAGUCUCCAUGUUCCUGGUUAAGUGGCAAAGCUCGUGUACCCAGACCUCUAACUCCCAACUCAAGCUGUUCUACUCCCUCAAGGACUAGCUCUGGAUUAUUUCCUUGGGUAUCCUUACAACCCCGAGCUCCAGUGUCUUCCAUUGAGUCUCCUGUUGGCACCCCAAAAGGUCCCCAUUUCUCCCUGGGUCCACAGGGAGCUCUGCAGACACCCGUAGUCACCAACCACCUGGUACAGCUGGUCACUGCUGCCAGCCGGACACCCCUGCAGCCCACGCACCUCUCUACCCGAGCCAAAACUCGCCGUUUCCCCGGCCCAGCUGGUCUCCUGCCUCACCAGCAGAGUGGGAGAAGUCUGGAGGACAUCAUGGUUUCCACGCCUCAGACUCCUACCCAUGGUGCUCUGGCUAAAUUCCAGACAGAGAUUGUUGCAAGUUCCCAGGCAUCCGUGGAGGAGGAUUUUGGGCAAGGGCCCUGGCUGACCAUGAAAUCUGUGCUAGGCCUGGAUGAGAGAGACCCUAGCUGCUUCCUCUGUACCUACAGCAUCGUCAUGGUGCUGCGGAAGCAGGCAGCCCUGAAGCAGCUUCCUAGAAACAAGGUCCCCAACAUGGCGGUGAUGAUCAAGUCCCUGACUCGGAGCACAAUGGAUGCCAGUGUGGUUUUCAAGGACCCCACGGGAGAGAUGCAGGGGACAGUGCACAGGUUCCUGCUGGAGACGCACCAGAAUGAGCUGAAGCCUGGUUCAGUGCUGCUGCUGAAGGAGAUUGGAGUGUUUUCUCCUUCACUUCGAAAUCACUACCUCAACGUGACACCCAACAACCUGGUCCAUAUUUACAGCCCGGAUUCUGGGGAUGGGAGCUUCUCCAAGGAUUCAGGCGGCUUCCAGCAUGAUGUGGCUGCAAAGCCUGAGGAAGGCUUUAGAACAACAGCUCAAAACCUAGAAGCAGGUGUGUCCCCUGAGGAAAAACUCCCAGAAGCAGAUGACCUUGAUGGACUCCUGAGUGAGCUCCCUGAGGACUUCUUCUGUGAGACCAGUGGUUGAGACUGCCCCAACGCAGGACACCCACCGUGAGCAGGCAGCUCUGGGUGUGUCACAUCCAAGGGGGAGAAGGCGACCAGCACGACUGGAGAGUGGAUACAGCAGGGGACUUCUGUGGUUGCUUCCACCCUGGGUGUUUUCUCUGAGGAUUCUCAUGUUCUGCGCUGCCCUCACCUUGGGCCUUCCUUCGCCAUUGGCACCAGAACCCAGCCAGAGACUGGCUCUCCAGCCAACAGGAAAGACAUGUCACCCUUGCCUUGGGUGUCCCUCUCCUGUCUCAGUUUAACUUUAGAGGAUAUUGGGCCUGGUUUUCUUGUCCCUUCACGCCCUAGCCCCUGGACAGCUGAGGGGCUAAAAGGAGCCUUACCACAGCAAUGACAACCUCCCCCUCCGCACAGGGGAGGAGCACGCUCAGGCUUCCUCUGCUUUGUCUCUUCAGCCCUGUGGUUGCUCUGCUCAUCUGUGCCCAAGGUUCCCAGGUGCAGGACAGAGGUGUAGCCUGUUGUACCUUGUGAAAUAAAGCAGCCCCUGCU